AUGCCAGAUAUUCGACAUAUUUGUAGAAGAAUUGACAUAUUAUAUGUCUUACAAGACAUCAAGAGCUACCGCGGUCGCAAGCCCCUCGGUGGGGCAGUGUCGGUCGGCCUGAGCCCCGGCGUGCCCGCUGCCGCGUCGCCCGGCCCCGCGGCCCCCGCCGCGCCCAGCCCCGCGCCCGCCACCGCGCCAGCUAUGAAGCAAGAACACCCUAGCCAGCCAAUGGCACCGAUGCCGUUCUACGCGGGAGACCCAAACAGAUUCCCCACAGCCUGGCAAACGGAUCCUUCGCAGGGUUGGCAGAACCAGUUUAUUCAACAAUUACCAACACAAACGGGUCAGACCACUUUAGACUAUCAAGGAAAUCAUACUCCUUACGCAACAUCUCCUCAUUACCAAGCAAACACCACUUACACCGUCCAAAACGUCGCAACAACAUUUGAUGUUACGAGUAAUACCUAUUAUCAAGCCGGAGUCCAAGCUGUUCCAGCGCAGAGACCACCAUCCAAUCGCGGUGCAUAUACGCCAGUGCCAUCCCCUAGAGCUCCACAUUACACAACAGAAUACCAACAACAAUACGCUCAACAAGCAUCCACUCCCGGUGUUACUUCUGGCAACGACUCGAGACCUGCGUCUGCUGCUUCAUAUCAAAGUUCGGUCCCAACAACUGCUGCACCAGUUUAUACAGUGAGUCAACCGAGCUACGAACGCACAGAAUAUUCAACAGAACAUUCUGAGGAUUACAAUAGCGGGGAUAACACGGUUGAGAGCAAUGAUGGUGAUAGACAAGAACAAAAUGCCUCGAAUAGUCAGCAUUCGGGAAACGCCGAGCCUGGAUACCUGCAGGGGAGCAACGGUCCGCGAGCUUCACUAGAUUGUAACGGGUAUCCGGGCAACUAUACAGGCGGACAAUAUACAGAUAAUGGGCAAACGCAAAACCAAAACGAUUGGCAACAGCGCCAAUGGCAACAUAACCAAAGAAUACAAAAUCAACAAUUACAAAACCAACAGAUGCAAAAUCAACAGUUACAGAACCAGCAACAAAUUCAAAACCAACAACAGAUGCAAAAUCAACAACAGUUGCAAAAUCAACAGCAGAUGCAAAAUCAACAGCAGAUGCAAAAUCAACAACAGAUGCAAAAUCAGCAACAGCAAAAUCAAAAUCAACAGCAAAUUCAAAACCAGCAACAAUUUCAAAACCAGCAACAACUUCAAAACCAACAACAACAACUUCAGAAUCAACAACAACUGCAAAGCCAACAACAACAGCAACAACUUCAAAAUCAACAGCAACUUCAAAGUCAACAGCAGUUAAAUCAAUUGCAAAGUCAACAACAACAAAUGCAAAAUCAACAUCAACAAAUCCAAAAUCAGAUUCAGAAUCAUCAAAACCAACAGCAAAUGCAAAGUCAGCAAAUGCAACAACAUAGACAAGAAGAAUCUGAACAGCAAAUGUUUUCUCAAUCUGACAGGGUCAAUUUGAACUCUAGACUGAAAACAAUGAUAUUAAAUAAGCAAAACCAUAUUAGGGAUGGCACAAACACACCACCCGAUAAAGGAGACCCAGGAGAAGGUCCUCCUCGCGUAGAUGAUAGAAAGGGUGGAAUGACCGAUGAUAGAAAUAACACCGGUCAUUUUUUAUCGUAUAGCCACCAUCUCCGAGAUAAUUACCGCUUAGGCGAACAGGGUUUUCCUGUCGCUGGUAAUUAUUCACAAAGCACUCAUGCUUAUAGCGUGAGUGAAUUCGGAGGUGGUGGCCACCAAGUAUGGGAGGGGGGGACGGAAGUCUCGAAAUCUUAUGAUAAACAUAAUUUGUCCAAGAACGUCUCUAAAACUCCUCAAAAAUUACCAUCUUAUGCUGAUAUGAGAGGACAGUACGCAUCGUAUCCCAGUAUACCUUAUGAAGCACAGAAAUAUGCCGAAAUAUACGGUAGUGAUAGUAAUUUAAGUUAUAGCCAACAAGACAACAAAGAUUUUCAAUCGAAAAUGCUUAUUGGGCCCGUUUCUGACAUGAACCAACAAAAUUUAGCACGAGAAACAAAUACACAAAAGAGAGGGUAUGAUAGAGAAAUUUUUGACUCUAAAUUAAGACACGCAUCAGCACCUUUAAUACCUAAAUUAGAAAUACCUGAAAAUUAUCAAUAUUUUAGAGAUCCUAUUAAAACGGAACCUCAAAGAAUUAUGACUCAAAAUUAUUACCCAAAACAUAGCGAAUCUAUCAACAUUCCAUAUAAAGAAUAUCCUAACGGUGUGGUAUCUUCGCCACAGCAAAUCUCUGUAUUACCUCCUAUAUCCACCAUAAAGCAUGAACAUUUUGCCCAGAGACCACAAAACUAUCAGAAUCUUCAACAAACUUACGACAGAAAACCUAUUAAAUCCGGUACAUAUGCCCCAAUUCCUAGAAUGCCAGAAAGUUUAGCGUUUCAAAAAUACAAUAGAAAUUACGAUCCCAGAUAUAGCAAGGAAAUAGAAAGCCGGGGGAGCUCUGAACGUAACACUCCUGUAGAUCCAAAACCAUACUAUAUAGAACAAAUAAAAUCAGAGCACUCGCCACCGGGACAUAAGAUAUACAAAAAUCUAAACUAUGGUCCACCAAAAAACGAGCCAUAUAUGUUUGCUGGAGAAGGUGGACCGGUUUGCAUUAGAAAUGAAGUCGGUUAUGCCUGCUGUAGACAAGGUUCUACUAAAAAACCACCGCCGGAACAUUUAAGAGACGGUGCAUGUCCAGGGCUUCAAACCAAAGAUGAAGUUUUAGAAGAUGAUCCUGAUUGUGCUGAUAAAGUAGAUCAAAAAAGUCAGUCUAAGCCUGGUACUCCAAUACCAGACCCAUUUGUUAAAAAUAUAAAGGAGAAUCAAUUCAAUUAUUCCAAAGAAUAUUUAGAAAACUUAGAGAGGCUGAGAAAUAAUUCUAGAACGGAAGUACCAGAUUGUAAUUGCUUUCCUGCUGACAAAAAUCCUCCUGAACCUGGCAGCUAUUAUACUCACUUAGGAGCAUCUUCAUCUUUAUGUGAACUAAGAAAAGAUCUUGAAGCACGUACAGGCUUAACUGGCAAAGAGUUAAGGAUAGAGAAAGUCUGUUAUACUGGGAAAGAAGGCAAAACUGCUCAAGGUUGUCCUAUGGCUAAGUGGGUAAUACGCCGGUCCAAUUAUACUGAGAAAGUAUUAGUAGUAGUAAAAUUUCGCAACGGCCAUAAGUGUCCUACUUCCUGGAUAGUAGUUUGCUUGGUGGCGUGGGAGGGUAUUCCACAAUCUGAAGCUGACUUAGAUUACACAUUAUUGUCCCAUAAAUUAAAUAGAUACGGAUUACCAACGACUCGUCGAUGUGCGACGAACGAGAACAGAACUUGUGCUUGCCAAGGUCUCGACCCGGAGACGUGCGGCGCAUCGUACAGUUUCGGCUGCUCCUGGUCCAUGUACUAUAAUGGAUGCAAAUACGCCCGUUCGAAAACCGUCCGAAAGUUCCGACUUUCGGUCAAAACUGAGGAGAGCGAAAUUGAAGAGCGCAUGCAUGUGUUGGCGACUUUGCUGAGCCCUUUAUACAUGAAUCUUGCUCCGAAAUCGUUUGAUAACCAGUGUCAGUUUGAAAAAGAAGCUUCAGAUUGUCGAUUGGGUUUUAAACCAGGACGUCCAUUUUCUGGUGUAACAGCAUGUAUAGAUUUUUGCGCACACGCUCAUAGAGACCUACACAACAUGAAUAACGGUUGUACUGCUGUGGUGACUCUUGCUAAGCAUCGGGCACUAUCUAAACCUAAUGAUGAACAAUUUCAUGUCCUACCGUUAUACGUUCUCGAUACAACUGAUGAGUUUGGAUCUAAAGAAGCACAGGAAGAAAAGAUCAAAAGUGGAGCUUUAGAAGUCUUGGACAAAUACCCUAUGGAAGUGAGAGUUCGAUCAGUACCAUUGCAACCGUGCCGACGUCACGGAAAAAAAAGAAAAGAUGAAGAUAAUUCAGAAUCAAAUAAUUCUACAAACACACCGCAGCAAAGUCCCGGAAGUCAGAAGAAACCGCAGUGUACAACACCUGCACCAAAAACUCCUCAACCAAAUGACAUGAGAAACAAUUCUAGCCCAAGAAGCCAAAGUAGUGCUUCCCCAAGAGCUAGCACACCAGCUCAUAAUCAACCUCAGUUUCCAAAUAAUCCCCACUACAAUUCUGCAUUUGUUAACCCUAAUAUGCACAACCCUAACUCAGGACUAAUGAAUCCUAAUUUAAGUAACCCAGCUUUACUCGACAUGGCUUCAAUGAUCGAUAAUUUCACUGACGCCCAGUUACAAAGCAAUCAGAUUUCUAGCACUGUACUUGAUUCCCCAUAUAAUCCAUAUGACCAAAGCUAUAAUAUACACAACCAAAAUCCGGUGUACAAUCAUAACCAUGUACCUUCUUUAGUGGAGAAUAACUGUCAAAAUGCAAAUACCAAUCAACUGCCAAGUUUUACUCCUACUUUACAAAAAAGGGAUCAACAGUUUAGUACACAUAGUUCUGUACCAAUAAAUCCCCAGCAACAGUGGCCCGAUUUUGAUAAUCCUGAAAUAUUUAAUAAUGUUGUGAAAGAAGAUCCAGAUUCAACAACAGCCCAUUUAAAUAUUCCGCCUAAUAACUAUAGUCCUGAUUCUAAUCGAAGUGAAACAAACUCAGAGCAAAUUCCUAAGAAUAGUUCAGAACUAGAUAAACAAAAUCCUAUGGGUGAAGUGCCCCAAAAAAUGCCAGAAUUUGAUAUGCCGAAUUCCCCACGACUAACAGAAAUUUCUCAAAAAACGCAGCGAACGCCAGAAUCACCGGUGCCAAUACAAGAAUUAAAAUCUCCGAAUAAUGAUACUCUCAACAAUUCUGAGUUACGUAAAAGCGUAUGGAAAUCACCAGACUCAAAAAAUUGGGAGUCGCCCAAACCCAAACCCAAAGAAGUUAGUGAAAAUGAAAGUGCGCUAUUUAGAGUUCCAAAAGCUAGGCCACCGUCGCGAUCUCAGUAUGCAAACCCCGCGGAAAAUAUGGAAAAUUCUACGUUUCUGAAACCUUACCCACCCUCUGAGAGACCUCAAUUAAAUCAAGGCUAUGAGAAUAGAAAUCCUUAUGAAAAUCGAAUGAACAAUGCACCCCCAACAUCAGCGCACCAAACAAAUUUUACCAUAAACCAUGAAGACAACCAAAACGCUGAGAAUAAACCAGUCGCCGAAUUUUUGGGCAAUAAUUUUCAUCCAGUUAGUCAAAAUAAUUACAGCAAUCAAGGACCAAUACAGGGGUACGGAAACUAUCCGCAAAUGACCAACGCUUAUCCGUUCACGCCAAAUCCUUAUGGUCAUUUUAAUCCUUACGAAAACUCGUACAAUGAUUAUAAUAUCGCAUAUUACAAUGCCGAAAAAUAUAAAAGAGAAGAAUUAAUAAGGAACUCACAUUGCUACAAUUCAUAUGGAUACCAAUACAAUCCGAACUUUGCAGCUAACUUUUAUCAAAAUCCAAGUCCCAAUUGGUGCCAAUCUUCACCCAACUGGUGUUUAUAUCCCCCACCAUUUUCUAUUCCGUAUCCCCCGGAACCACCAAAAGCGGAACCAAUAGGGGAAGUUACAGGGUUAAGUGAUAAUCUUGAAUGUUUCAAGGACAGCCAAAUGGGAGGUGUUGCUAUCGCUUUAGGCCACGGAAGUGUUUUAUUUGAAUGCGCCAAACACGAAAUGCAUUCUACAACUGCGGUUAAAAGUCCGAAUAGAGUAAACCCGACGCGGAUAUCAUUAGUGUUCUAUCAACAUAGAAAUUUAAAUCGCCCGAAACACGGCCUUGAAGAGUGGGAAGAAAAGAUGCGGUUGAAAAAAUUAGGUCUAAAUCCUUCAACACCAAAUACUCCAGGGCCAAAUUCAAAUUCAGUUUCACCAGCAACCACGCCUGGUCCCGACCAAAGGCAAACUCCCACUGAAAAGUGGAAGAAUAACGAAAACCACAUCCCUGGAGGUUUUAGUUCGUUAUCAGCCUUAGUGGAGGCUACAAAUGCCGCUAAAAAGAGUGGUCAAAUAAGAUUAAGGACGGACACACAAACAACAAUGUCCUGGACAACUCUAUUUCCCAUGCAUCCGUGUACGGUGACUGGCCCGUACCAAGAAUCUGGUACU